AAUCCCAAAGAAGAAAAUCCCAAAGAAGAAAAUCCCAAAGAGGAGGCGGAGGAGAUGUGUCUGAGGUGUCCCGGCGGUGGGAGCUGUGUCGUCAUGGCGGUGUGUUGCUGCAGACGGGAACAGUAACACGACCAUGAUGAACGACAUCAUAGAGGAGCCGGAGAAGGACACUUUGCUGGAGCCGCAGCCACAAGUUCAGUCGGGGCCCAGUGGUGGAACAAGACCUAAGGUGGCCGAUGGAGGCAUCAGGCCUGUGGAGAAGAGAGGACCUUACAUCAUGUCCAGAGUUCCAGCCAUCCACCUCAAACUACAGAAACACAGGGAGAUGGCAAGAAAAGCACUGAAGAAGAAAGCCCUCUCACCAGGACCUCCGGUGACGCAUCAGCCCAGACAAGGAGUCAAGAGGACGGUGAAAUAUAACAAGGGGUACGCUUCUUUGAGUCAGCAUGCUGAAGACACUCUGGUUGCACUGGACUCAGACAGUGAUGAAGAGAUCGAUUUUGAGCAGUAUUCCUCCGGAUACUCUUCAGCAGAGGUCCACCCUGAUUUAAGCAGGCAGCUGCUUCAGGACGGCUACCGCCUGGAUGAGGUCCCUGAUGACGAGGACCUGGACCUGAUUCCGCCCAAAGCCAUGGGCUCCUCCAUGUGCUGCUGUUCUGAGGGCCCGUCUUGCUCCAUGCAGUGACGCUGCUAUCCGGACUCAAACCCCUGCAAGGUCUUGGUUCCAGUUCAAGUUGCUGUCUCAAGUCACUGGGGCCUGAGGCCUUCUUUCUAGCCCAGCUCCCCUGCUGCGUUGCCUGAGGACUUCCAGGCCUGAAGCCAAAACUCCUGCUGAUGCAGGACUGCGUGCACCAAAACGCUCAUCCUACAAGAAGUGGCAGAUGGAUGUAAGAACAAGCCUUAUCCACUGUGACUCCAAAGCUCUAGCUUUUUUCUAUUUUCCUUUUAUCAACCUACAGGAACCAUUAUUAUGCCGCUGAGUGAGAGAGAAAUUCAUCAUUUGGGACACGUCUGUGUUGAUCCAGUGCAGUUCUGGAUACCGUUGUUUCCCCCGGUUAACAGGUUUAAACACGACAUGGUGUAAUGUGUUUGAAUGAAUAUUAUUUUUGUAUUAUUUUAACUUACUGCUUAUUUGAAGCAACUCAAAUCACCCUUUACAUUACCUGACUAAUUGUAAUUAGUUUUUUGUAUGUCUCUGUCUUCAAAAAUAUAGUUUGAUUUUUAUUCCAAAAUUAGAUGACCACCAGGUAUGACAUUAUUAUUUGACCAAAAUAACCACAUAAAACAACAACAAAAUUUUGUGAUUUUCAAUCUAAUCAGAAGACUGAAUUGACAUAGGAUGUGUUGUGUUGGGACUGACUCUACUUCAUUUCUCAUAUUAAUAAUAAUACGAUUUUUUUAGGUAGUAUCCCUUGCUGAAAGAAUUAUUAUUAUUAAGAGGUUAGAAUAGAAUAAACCCGGCACCCGCAGAUAAACGAAAGCCAGGAUUAUUUUGUUCUAUUAGUUUCCUAUGAUCUGACUCUUUGUGUCUAAAGUAUGAAAACAACUCAUGAUUGAUACAUGUUGUUUCUGAGUAAAAUACUCUAACAUAAGUCUUACAAAGUGAAAAAUCCAUUGUUGGAUUAAUGCCUACACCUAACCAAAAUGUCACACACGUUUAAAUGGCAGAAAAUGUAAGCAGAUAAGUUACUGAAGUGCUUUGACAGAACAACAGAUAUUUGGGCUGAGUCGAAAGUAGACGUAGAAACUACAAAUAUUAGGUUCCAGUGAAAGUCACCUUAAGACAUAUAUGUAUGUGGUAGGUUGUGUGUAUGUUUAUAUUCUAAAAUGUUUUUUGUUUAUUUUUACUUUAGAAAACCAAUUGUCAUAGAUUUAAGUCAAGAAGAGGUUACUGUUUUUUGCAAAGAUUGAUAUGUAGCAUUUUAAGAGUUACAUCAGAUCCUGGACAGGAUAUUGAUCUGAAAUGUGUCCAUGUGUCUUUGUGGACACCAGACCAGAGUAACAUUAUUUUAUUUAUUUUUUUAAAUAUUAAUUUGUUGCCUAUAUUAAAAACAAAUAGGUUUCACGUUCAAAACAUUAAAACCAGAUUACAUUAGAAUGGAAGUAAAUGGGUACCUCUGUUGACAGUAUGUACACCCUUAUGAACAACAAUUCAUAUCCUUCUUGGUUUGUGUUACUGUCUUUUUUUGUUUCUUACACAAUAGACCCAAAUUUGUGCCUGAAAUGGCUGUCUUCAUAAUAUUAUUUUUCCUCUUAAAACAAUCUGUUGAGUCAUGUUACAACCUGUGUCAUAUUAAACUAUUGGUGUUUAUUUUGAAGCUGAGCAUUAACAGAAAAUGUUUAAUGUCAGAGCAGAGCAAGGGGCGGUGUUCACUUUUCAGGGGAUGUUUUUGUGUAUGAGUGUGCAACCAGUAAGUAACUUGCCUUUCACAUGCAUUAGUAAAAUAUAAUACAAAUCAAAAAAUGGAAAUGCACAACUGUUGAAGUGCACAGAGGAUUUAAGUUACACCAAAUGUGUGACCACCGUUAUACUUGCAGCACACUGUCUUAGGCUGUGAUGUUAACUGUCUUAUGAAAUGAUGUAGCUGACCACUUGAGGGUUAAAACUGGAAAGAGUUUGACAUUGUUUGCUAGAAAAAGCUGCAACCUUGAUCUGUUCUCUGCAGUGCCGGGAUCAACUCUCUAAUCCAUCAAGUCUUUGCAAAGAAGAUGCCUGACGUUGAAAAAGUUACAACAGUCACAUGAGCAAUGUACUUAUCUCUGUGAUUGUAAUGUGGGCCAUUUAGAAAUAAAGGCUGAUUCCACGCUUACACUAAGUGUAUAAUCAGUGAUGAAAAGUCUAUCAACCCCUGCAGCGCCCGGAUCUGCAUGAUGUUCUUCAUGUACAUUCAAAAUAUUGCACUUAACACCAGUGGUCAGUAGCAAGUACACUUGACUCACCUGUACUAUGCAACUAUUGGGACAAUAAUAGCAUAAAGUGUUAUUGAAUGCUAAAUGCGAUAACUUAAAUUUGUUAUUUUAUGAUGGUGAACACUAAUCUUUUUUUAUUUGAUUGUACUGUGCAUUGGUUUGCAUUAUUAAAAAAAAAUCACUUAUCUAAA